UAUUGGAGAGGAAUGUAAACAGCUAGCAUGCCUGCUCAACAGCUAUCAACAGCGCACAUAAUCGAGACGCAGUCUGUGCUCAAAAUGUAAGCUUUAAAAAAAUUACUCUUCUCUCUCAAUGUCAGAAGAGAUCGGCAUCAUAUGCUUACGCUUUUUAUCAUCUUACGUGAUGUCUUUAAUGUAUUUAUAGCUAAGUUAGCUUAGUUAGCCCAGGGAGCUAGCUGGGGGAUUGCUAACGCUGGGAGUUGUGUCAGAAAGCUGCUUAAUGAUGAUGAGGCAUCAGCAGGGAGACAUUUAAUGGCCGAGGCAGGUUCUUUCUGAGAUCUGAGUGGACAUCUCUUGACUUUAGAGUAAGAAAAUCCUUGUUUCUGUUGUAACUUUGGAUCGUGCGCUGAGAGGACAUACUUUGCUUGGUCUUUCUUCUAUCAAGGUUACAUUCUUCAACUCAAGAUGAGAGCCUGACCUGCAGCUUAAAUCAUGUAAAUGUUCCAUUUAAGAUACAAAAGCAGGAAAACCCAUCUGUUUCUAAUCUGAUGCCUUUAAUAGAAGCUGGGCACAUUUAUAAUUCUUGUGAGUUUUUGAAACUAGGACAGUCUUCAUGAUCAACAGAACCUCUUCUACCACCUGCAUCAGCUGCCCAGCGCCUAAGGAUGUUUUGAUCUCAUGAAGGGAUCAGUCAGUUUGGUAAUCCUUCAGUGGCAUUAGGAAAGUGAUAGCCAUCUUUGUGCAGCUGGGACAUUUUGUUUCAUCAGCAUCCAUCCGUUUGGCUGAUAAUGGCCGAAUCCAGUUCACAGCCAGCAGCUCCACCAAAUGUGCUGAUUGGACGCAGCAUUGGGGACCAGGUUCCCAACACAGAAAGCCCCUCCAAAGAAAUGAAUCUAGCUAUGAAUACUGGUGGAUCAGACCAGGAGGCUAAAGUCCCAAAUAGCAAAAGUAAAGCUGAGAGAUCUAUUCAGGCCAGAGAACCAGAGGAGGAUGAAGAGCCCACGCCCACGCCACCGGAGUCAUCGCCAAGUCUGUCUGAAAACGAGACGCUGACCAUCGCUACCACCGAAGACGAAACUCUGUCGGUUCAACUCGGACAUGUUGGCACUGAAAGAACACUGGGGUCAGGAGGAGAUCCGGCCCUGGACCUGGAGGAGAGCUCCUCAGUGAUGACAGCAGCAGACUCUGAUGAUCAGCAGGAAUCCACCGACUCUGCUUCCUUCUCCAUUCCUAGUCUGGAGCUUUCAGACGGAGUCCCGACCACAGGGACCUCUCUGGACAUUGAAGAUGGCUUGUCAUCAACCUGCUCUGCUCCAGGUGUUGAAGGCAGCCCUCCUUCUGCCAAGGCUCCCGCUCUGAAAGCCAGUGAGGCGAUGGAAGCAGUGGGGGGAGCUGUUGCUGCAGCUGCUGCUCUUCCUCAGCUCGCAGCUGCUGCCUCUGGGGUCGCCGAGCCCGGACCCUCCAUGCCUGCGUAUUACCUGGUGAAGUGGAUCACUUGGAAGGAGAAGAAGACUCCCAUAGUCACUCAGAGCGAGAAUGGACCCUGCCCCCUGCUGGCCAUCAUGAAUACACUCUUCCUGCGCUGGAAGGCGAAGCUUCCAGCUCAGACUGAAGUGGUCACCACUGAGGAGCUGAUGGCUCAUCUGGGAGAGUGUGUUUUAUCAGUCACUCCCAGAGAGAAGGCGAAUGGCAUGGAGCUCAACUUCCAACAGAACAUGAGCGACGCCAUGGCGGUUCUUCCAAAGUUGUCAACAGGCCUGGACGUCAAUGUUCGCUUCACAGGAGUCACCGACUUUGAGUACACGCCAGAGUGCAUCGUGUUUGACCUGCUGAACAUCCCACUGUACCACGGCUGGUUGGUAGACCCGCAGAGCCCAGAGAUAGUCGCUGCUGUGGGGAAACUGAGUUACAACCAGCUGGUGGAGAAAAUCAUCGACUGGAAACACUCUGCAGACAGCUGCAGAGUCAGUGAAGGUCUGGUGGCUGAACAGUUUCUAGAGUCCACAGCCACUCAGCUCUCAUAUCACGGUCUGUGUGAGCUCAACACGACGGCCAAAGAAGGAGAGAUCUCAGUGUUCUUCAGGAACAACCACUUCAGUACCAUGAUCAAACACAAGGGUCACCUGUACCUUCUUGUGACAGAUCAGGGCUUCCUACAGGAGGAGAGCAUGGUCUGGGAGUCUCUUCAUAACGUGGAAGGAGACGGAAACUUCUGCGACUCCAACUUCAGACUGUGCCAUCCUCCUGAGAGAUCUCCGGCCCCCUCCCACCUGCCUCCCAGCAGCCAGGAGCAGCAGAGGCAGAUCGACCAGGACUACCUGGUAGCUGUUUCCCUGCAGCAGCAGCAGGAAGGUGCUCCUCGGCCUCUUAGUGACCUGGAACUGGCCCGGCAGCUACAGCAAGAGGAGUACCAGCAGCAGCAACAGCAGCAGCAGCCGGGAACGUCACAGACGCCACGGCAGGUCAGAGGUCAGGCGUCGCAGCAAGCCAGAAGAAGAGAGAAGGACUCGGACUGUGCCAUCCUGUAAAUGCUUCCUGUUUUAACGCCUGGGACCUCUCGCGAUUCUCGCGUGUGGCGCGCACGCUGAGUUAGCUCCAUGCCAAACCCGGCUGCUUUCGUCCAGCAGGUCUGUGUCCUCCAGUUUGGAAAAACCUAAACGCAGGAGGCUGUUGGAACACACGGAGCGGACGGGCGUCCAUGAAGGGCUCAUCGCUGUAACCGAGGAUCUUUAAGUAAAAAUUCUCUAACUACCGCUCUUAAGGCCGGUUUGAAUCGUUAAAAGGAAACGUUCUGUUGCCAACACUUUAAACCUUCAGUCAGAUAUUUAAUAGUUAUAUUAAUUUGAGCUCUUUAAAAAUGAUUGUUUGAAGAUUUUUUUCCAGAAAUAGCUAAAGAUCUAUUUAUUAAAACAGAUUUCCUGACAUUUUAGUGGCCAUUUGUUUAUCAUCAAAUUUCUUUCGUUCUUUAAUGCAUCCUGGGGCUGUUCAGAAAGGUUUCCUGUUAUAACCCGGUGUGGGUCAGAGCUUUGUGAACUUGUUCCACAUUUUGUGAUUAAAACCAGACACUUCCCUGCAUCUUAUUAGGGUUUUAUGUGAUAAACUAAAACACAGAUGGGUGUAAAAGAGAAAAAAAAUACUUAUAGCUUUAAAUAAAGUUUUUUUUUUU